CCACGAGAUAUUUCUCUCUUUCUCGGCCCACGGCGAAGCUCGUCAUCUCCUUGCUAGCCGGUACCAGCCAUUCCCGCGAGCUCCCACCUCUGGACAUGGACGCCGUCCGCUCCCUCCUCCUAGGCGGCGGCCUCACUGUCUCCACCGCCACCGGCGCCACGGCCCAGGCCACCUCUAUCCCACACAUCUCCCCUUGUUCUCUUCCUUGGGCCACUCGCCGCCGCUUCCACCGCCUCGCCGCGGCCGCGUCACCUCACUCGCCGCUCCCCGCCUCUUCUACCCGCCCGCGUUGCUCCAGGUGGGUGGUGGUCAUGGACGACCCGCCUGAGCCGGAGGGCGGGGGCGAGGUGUCCCGCGCGGAGGCCGUCGACUACUACGUUGCCACACUGGCCAGAGUGUUGGGAAGUGAGCAGGAGGCGCAGAUGUGCAUAUAUGACGCGUCGUGGGACAGGAACUACGAAUUCUGCUGCGAGAUCGAUGAGGAAGCGUCGAAGAAGCUUGCAAAGAUGCCUGGGGUAUUAGCUGUUAGGAUGGUUAAGGGUGAUGUGCCAGAGAAGGAUAAUCUCAGCUCGAGCCUCUCACCAGUUAACCUUGGAAGCUUCAGUGAUGCUGCUUGUAACAACUCUUCUAGCGAGAAAAGUGAGUUUUGGCUUGUCCGAAUGGAGAAGCCCGGGGUUGAAGUUGUGACAAAAGCACAAAUGGUAGACCACUAUACCCAGAUCCUAGUGAAAGUAUUGGGGAAUGAAAAGGAUGCACAAGUCAGCAUAUAUCACGUUUCAUGGGAAGAGAAUUAUGGAUUCUGCUGUCAUAUUGACGAACAAUGUGCAAAGGAGCUAGCUGAUGUUCCUGGAGUCAUAUCUGUUUUACCAGAUUCAAACUUUGGAUCAGACAAAAAAGAUUACAGAGGUGAUGAUAGCUUGAAAUCCUCAAAAGCUACUCAGGUGGCUGAUGUCAAAACUAAAAGGCUCUUUGUUACAGGGCUUUCAUUUUAUACAUCUGAGAAAACUCUGAGGGAAGCCUUUGAGCCAUUUGGCGAGCUGGUUGAAGUCAAGAUAAUAAUGGACAGGAUAUCAAAAAGAUCAAAAGGGUAUGCCUUCAUAGAAUACACCACAGAAGAAGCUGGUGGUGCAGCUCUGAAAGCAAUGAAUGGAGAGAUAAUAAACGGCUGGAUGAUAGUUGUUGACAUUGCUAAAACCAAAUCAAGAGACCAAAAGACCCCAUUUGGCACUUCUAGUUUUCGGCCACGUUUUCACUCUAGAUGAAGCUCUCGUUUACACAAUUUGACAGCUAGAUAUUAGAGAUUUAGUACGAGGUGCUCUCCAAGAAGAUAUGUAGAUAUAGUUCAAGUGUAAAAGUACCUGAUAUUCACCAAACCAAUAUGUUAACUUCAGAUGUAUUUCUAUUAAUAAGUAAAUGCAACUUCCAAAAA